GUAGUGAACGCGUUCCUUUUGAGCCUCUUCUAGAAGGCAAAGAAUCUUCAAAAGCAACACAAGUUAGGUAUGAGGAUUAUGUUAAGGCCAUUCAAUGUUUAGAAAAGAAGAUUGAGAAUUUUUUAUUAACAGUUAACGAAUCGGCUAUCUCCGACCUUUGUGAUUUCGUAAUAAAUACUUAUGACAAAGGUGAAAUUAGUAAACUUAAUCCACCUAAUCGUUUUUAUGCACUCCCAACAGCUUUGAUGUUUACAGGCGCUGAUAAAGAGGAAAAUACAAAGUUCUUUCAACGUGUCUCUCAAAAAUUGCAGCAAAGUCAUCAGAAUCAUAUUGUAUUUCUUAAUUCAAUGGAUUGUUCUGACUUGAAACGAACAGAAAUGCAAGUUGUUAGGCAGUUUUUUGGUAGAGAAGCAAUUGAUAAGGACGAUGACAAUGACAAUUGUCAAGAUGAUUGUCAAGAUGACUAUCAAGAAGAUUAUGAGGCUUCUGAUUAUUCUAUCGAUCCGAUCGAAGAUAUUGUGAGUGAAAUUUCUAA